AUGUUACGCCUACAAAUGAGGAGUACACUUUUGCACAGCUUUCCCCGGUUAUCGACCGCGUCACCUUCCUCGCUCCUCCGUCGCAUUCCUCCCUCUACCUCCAACUCCACGCCGCUCGCUCUUCCUCGAUCCAUCUCGACAUGCCUCUUCCCUCGUAGCCGCUCCGGUUACUCGACACCCUUCUCUCGGACCUUCCGACACCCAUCCAGUUCGUUCCGCGGCCGACCAUUUUCUACCUCCACAAAGCGAGGGUACCAAUAUGGAGGAAACCAGUAUAGGAGAUUUAAUAACCCGAGACACGAGCCGCUCUUCAUUCGCUUGGUGAAGGAUGCCAAACCACACCACUUUGUUAUAAUAGGGCUGGGAAUUAGUGGGUUCUACAUAUAUAACACCGACACGGUAGAGAUGACUGGCCGCCGACGGUUCAACUGCGUCUCCGCGCAACGGGAACUCGAGAUGGGUAGACAGAGCUACCAGGAAGUCUUGAACGAAAACCGUGGAAGCAUUCUGCCCGAGUAUCACCCGCUCACCAUACAGGUGGAUCGUGUUUUGCAGCGCUUGAUUCCGCAGGCGCCGAUUGAAGGCGCAGACUGGAAGGUCCACGUCAUCAAGGACGAUAACAUGCUGAACGCAUUUGUUCUUCCUGGUGGAAAAGUGUUUGUGUACACCGGUAUCUUGCCUAUAUGCAAGGAUGAGGAUGGCUUAGCGGCCGUGCUAGGGCAUGAGAUUGCCCAUGUGGUGGCCCAUCAUCCGGCGGAGCGCAUGAGCAAUAGCUUUAUUACCAUGGGAGCUGCCUUCCUGGUCUCACUGUUGUUUGACAUCUCCGGCCAACUUCCCUCAUUGCUUAUGAACCUUGCCUAUAGCCUGCCAAACUCACGAACCCAGGAGGCUGAAGCGGAUGAAAUCGGGUUAAUGAUGAUGUCGAAAGCGUGUUUCAACCACGAGGCCGCAGUCGAAUUGUGGGCACGCAUGCAGGAAGCUGAGAAGGGAGCACCGCCCCAAUUUCUGUCAACACAUCCCUCGAGUUAUAACCGUAUGGAGGCGAUCCGUGAAUGGUCCAUUAAAGCGGAAGCUGCAUAUGAAGAUAGUGGGUGCCAUGCCAUUGGAGGCUUCAUGCCUGGAUUCCGACAAGCCGCUUAUCAUGACCGCUGGUGA